AUGGAGGUCCUCCAGGCAUCGGAACUGGACGCUGCCCAGCUCCGGGCUGCCACCGCCCGGCCCCGCAUCGACUUUGCCUCCAUCCUGAAGACGGUGGAGCCCAUCAUCGAGGAUGUGCGCGUACGUGGCGACGAGGCGGUGCGCGAGUACACCCUGAAGUUCGACCGCGCCAGCCCUGCGGCGGUGUGCACCCCCAUCGAGGACCUCCCCGUCCCCGACCUGCCCGAGGAGGUGCGCGCCGCGUUCGACACCGCGCGCGCCAACAUCGCGGCCUUCCACGCCGCGCAGGCCGCCCCCGACCUGACCCUGGAGACGAUGCCGGGGGUGUGCUGCUCCCGCGUCACCCGCCCCAUCGCGGCCGUGGGCCUGUACGUCCCCGGCGGCACCGCCGUGCUCCCCUCCUCCGCCCUCAUGCUGGCCGUCCCCGCCUCGCUGGCGGGGUGCCGCACCAUCGUGCUGGCCACGCCGCCGCGACCCGACGGCUCCAUCGCGCCCGAGGUCCUCUACUGCGCGCGCGCGGCGGGGGUGACCCACGUCCUCGCCGCCGGCGGCGCGCAGGCGGUCGCAGCGCUGGCCUGGGGCACGGCCUCCGUGCCAAAGGUGCACAAGGUGUGCGGACCCGGCAACCAGUACGUCACCGCGGCCAAGGUGGCGCUGGCCGCGGGAGAGGCCAUGGUGGCCAUCGACAUGCCCGCGGGGCCCAGCGAAGUCCUGGUGGUGGCCGACGCAGGGGCCGACCCGACCCACGUCGCGCUGGACCUGCUGUCCCAGGCCGAGCACGGGCCGGACUCGCAGGCGGUGCUGGUCGCGCUGCCGGGCGUGGACGUGGGCGCGCUGGUGGCGGAGGUCGCCGCACAGUGCGACCGCCUGCCGCGGGCCGCGGCGACGCGCGCCGCGCUGCGCCACUCGCGCGUGGUCUGCGUGGCGGGGCGGGCCGAGGCGCUGGACUUCGUGGAGGCCUACGCGCCGGAGCACCUGAUCAUAAACACCGCCGAUGCGGGGGAGUGGGUGCCCCACGUGGCCAGCGCCGGCUCCGUCUUCCUGGGGCGCUGGACGCCGGAGUCGGUGGGGGACUACGCGAGCGGGACCAACCACACGCUGCCAACCUAUGGCUAUGCGCGCAUGUACUCGGGGGUCAGCCUGGACACCUUCACGCGCAAGAUGACGGUGCAGGAGCUGACGCGGCAGGGGCUGGACCUGCUGGGGCCCACCGUGGCCACCAUGGCGGCGGUGGAGGGGCUGGAGGCCCACAGGCGCGCCGUCACCUGCCGGAUGAAUGGGGAGUGA